AUGUCGCUCUUCAACUGGUGUACGAGGAGAGCUGGAGGGUUGGCCAUGUUAAUGACCUUAGCUCUCAGCUAUUAUGUUGUCUCCAAGGAAGCGGCUGCGACGCGAUAUGACUACAAAUUUACGCAGCAAGAUACCUUGAGCAGGCCGACACACUCUACCAGCUCUACAUCUGAAGAAGAAGGUGGCGGACUAUGGACGGUCCUCUUUGCUUGGUACUCUCUAUUAAUACACAUUCUGGUUUUCGCCUUUCCGAUGCGUUCUUGCUACGCCAUUUUCGACAUUACUCGAAGCUUGACCAAAGCUGCGCGGGGUCGAUCUCUACGUGACUUCAAGCUCUCCCACCGUCGUCGCGGUUCUUCCACCUCUCUGUCUAGCUCUGAGACAUUGACCUCUUCCAAAGAAGAUUCUCUCCCUUCCUCGACUACUAGCAGCGAAAUCGGCGACAUUGAGCCUGAGUUCUAUACUGAUGGUGACGCGGAAUCCGACCGUGUCGUUCACGCAAUUGUCAUUCCCAACUACAAGGAAGAAGUUGAUAGCUUAAGAGAAACACUGGACGUUUUGGCAUCCCACCCUCAGGCUCGCGAUUCCUACGAUAUCUACCUUGCUAUGGAGCAACGCGAACACAAUGUUGAGCUCAAGGCCAUGAACCUCAUUCAAGAAUUUGUCAAGAAAUUCCGUUCAAUUGAUUUUACUCUGCACCCGUCUGAUAUUCCCGGCGAGUCUCCUGGAAAAGGUAGCAAUUUGGCAUGGGCCGCGCGCAAGCUUAGCGAGAGAUAUUCUAUGGGCUCCAGGAAGGAUGUGAUCGUUACUGGAAUUGAUGCUGACAGUCAUUUAUCCGCCAACUACUUCGCUCAUCUAACUAGCAUGCAUCUAACUUACAAGGAGACUGCCAGCACUACUCUGUACGGUGCUCCUAUCAUCUUCGAUCGUAACGCACACGCUGUUCCCGCCAUCGUUCGUGUAGCCGAUAUUCUGUGGGCCGCUGCUGGUCUGUCUGGUCUGUACAGUGGUUCGACUAUUGCUCCUCCUACGUCUGUUUACUCUGUGCCUCUUGAAUUGGUUGACCGAGUCGGUGGCUGGGACUGCGACUCCGAGGCUAUUGGCGAGGAUCUGCACAUGUACCUGAAGUGUUUCUUCGCGUUAAACGGAAACCUAACUGUGAGAACUAUCAUGAGCCCUGUCAGCCAGAGUAACGUCAAGGGUGACGGUGGCGAAGGAAUGAAAGGACUAUACAACGACAUGGGUGCCCGCUACAAGCAAGCUCUGCGACACAUGUGGGGAGGUCUUGACUCGGGUUUCGCUAUCAGGAAGUUCAUGGAGCUUUGGCAAGAGCGCAAGCACACUGCUAGGGCUUUCCGUCCUCUGCACGUCGCCUUGAACAACCCUACCGAUUCGUACCUUACGCAGACUCAAUUGGAUAUGAGCCCGGAACAGACUCUUGAGAGUGGAAUCUUUAGCGACGUUACCUCUGACACCCUGAAAGAGCCUGACUGGCAACGAAUCAUCUUCCUUUUCCACCGACUCUUCGAGGCCCACUUCCUGCCCCUGCAAACGACUAUUCUCAUCAUUGCUUCCACUCUUUACGUCUGGGUUACUGAUGGCGGUUCUGACCCUCACAAUCUCAACUGGAUCUUCAUUGUCUGCAACAUCUUAAGAACCGCUGGUUUUAUGGAGGUCGCUCUGAUGCUGUUCCUAUACGAGCGGUUACAUAAGAUCUGUGCCACUACGCGCGAGAGGGAAAUGACUGAAGCCGGUCUCUCCAAGGGAAUGUGCUUUUCUCACCGAAAUAUCCGAAAGAACUACAUCGACUACGCAAUGGCGCCCCUGGUCGCACCACUAUAUGGUGCUAUUCCCACUGCACAUGCUCAAAUCAUGCACUUCUUCACGCUUGAUCUCGUUUACACAGUCAGCAAGAAGGUCACAAGACAAAGAGCAAAGUCUAUAAUCGCAACUGCCGACUAUUGCAAUGGUUGA